GUUAAUGUAAAAGAUUUUCCGAUCGCCACCGAAGUGGCCGGUGUCCAGAUGAGACUUGUGAGGGGUGGGGUACGGGAGUUGCAUUGGCACCCGGCGACCGAGUGGGCGUAUGUCAUGUCAGGCACCUGUCGUAUAACUGCUAUCGAUGAGGGGGGAAAGGCGUUUGUCGAGGAUGUCAGUGAAUCGGACUUAUGGCUAUUCCCAUCUGGUAGGCCUCACUCUAUUCAAGGUCUCGGUGAUGAUGGUUGUUUUUUCCUACUGGUGUUUAACGAUGCUAAUUUUAGUGAGUCAGCUACAUUUUUACUAACUGAUUGGAUGAGUCACGUACCGCUCGAGGUGCUAGCUAAAAACUUUCAGGUCCCGAAAUCGACAUUCGCAAAUUUACCCCAACACGAGCUUUACAUGUUUGCUACUGAAUUACCCCGACCAUUGGAGGUUGACCAGCGUCAGGCUGCCCUAGCCACCGGGUUUAUACCCGAAUCAUAUGCGUUUUUCGCAUCCCAAAUGGAGCCUAAUUAUACCCGAUUAGGUGGUGAGGUUAAGAUUAUAGAUAAGCGCAACUUUCCGGUUACCAAAAUAGCGGCCAGUAUUGUGACCCUAAAACCUGGUGGACUCCGGGAACUCCAUUGGCACCCGAAUGCCGAUGAGUGGACCUAUUUUGUAACAGGUAAAGCACGAGUGGGUGUGUUCCAGGCGUCCCAAUACCCGGCUGCUGCCAGAACUAUGGACUUUCAAGAGGGGGACAUUGGGUACAUCAAGAAAGAUAACCCGCAUUACAUCGAGAAUACGGCUGAUGUGGACCUCGUAUUUCUAGAGGUGUUCGCCGCCGACUAUUUCGAGGACAUAUCACUGGCCGAAUGGUUAGCCCACACGCCCACCCGAUUGGUGGAACAACACGAGGUAGCCAUAGGCACCGGGUUGCUAAAUGAAUCAAUAGCGUUUUAUACGACACAAAUGAAACCCAAUUAUACGCGAUUGGGUGGUAACGUCAAAAUUAUAGACAAUGCCAACUUUCCCAUUACGACUAUAGUCGCGGCUAUUGUAACUCUAAAACCCGGUGGACUCCGGGAACUCCAUUGGCAUCCAAACGCCGAUGAGUGGACUUAUUUUGUUUCGGGCAUGGCCCGAGUUGGUAUGUUCGAAGCGGGUAAUUACCCUGCUAAUUCUCGCACUAUGGACUUUCAAGAGGGAGACAUUGGGUACAUCCCGAAAGAUAAUCCCCAUUAUGUGGAGAAUACGGGAGACUGUGACCUUAUAUUUCUAGAGGUGUUCCCCUCCCCCACCUUCCAGGACAUAUCACUGGCCGAGUGGUUAGCCCACACGCCCACCCGAUUGGUCAACGAGCACAUACAUACCGGGGAAGCCUUUAUUAAUUCAAUCUAUAAUAAAGAGGCGGUAAUUAGGCCCUUGUAA